AUGCUACACAUUCUCAUUCUCAGGCUGAUUCUUAUAGUCGAAGUUUCAGGUCAAGUUUUCCACCGGAAUGACUGGGAUGUCAGACUCUCGGGCGGACCGCAUGGGUACGAGGGACGGCUGGAGAUACGUCCACCAAACGAUGUAUGGGGCACCGUGUGCGACAAAAACAUCAGCGUGUUGGCGAUCGCCUGCCGUAGUUCGGUGGCGCUUGGCGUGUGCCUUCGCCUCGGGUACUUGGCCCCGUACAGCCUCAGUUUUGCUGGCGAGAGAUUCGACAGGGCCGACCUACCGAUUUGGUCUCAGGGUUUCGUGUGCACCGAGCAGGACGACCAGAAUAACAUCUCAUGCUCACUGGCUACGUGGAAUCGUCAUCCGAGCAGCUGCGACCAUAGCUCCGAUGUGGCCCUAAUCUGCAUCUCAGAUAAUCUUCGACUCGCUGGUGGCUGUUCUCCUCGCGAGGGGCGGGUGGAGUUGAACGUGGGCUCGGCAGGUUGGGUCGGGCUUUCGGGCCGUCAGCAUCAGAACGAGUCCCAUGUCGAAGCCGACCUGCACCAAGCUGAUCUGAUUUGCAAGCACCUAGGCUACCCGAUAGCCCUCGGUCUGCACGGAACGUGCACAAACGGAACAGCGGACCCUACACUCCCUACGAUAGAAGCGGAUACUUGUGGACCUAGGGAGAGUUCACUGUCAGCGUGUUUAAAAUCCGCACUGAAAAGUGGUUGCGAGAAAGGGACGCUGUCACAUCGUGGCAGGCCUAUAGAGGUCGUUUGUGCUUACGAUAAUGAAAUCGUUGUCAGUACCAACAGCAUAUUGCACCGUCUGGACUUCGACGUCCGCCUCGCCGACGGCCCCUCGCGUCUUGUUGGAUUGGUGGAGAUGCAAUACAACGAGACCGGCUGGGGUCCCGCCUGUCUGUACGAAGAACCCGUACUUAUUAUCGAUUUCCUAGCCACAGCGGUUUGUAAGCGAAUUGGCUCGGAAUGCUCUAUUGAAUUCAAUCUGGUAUCGCCUGACGAUGACCCGAGCCGGGGCGCGGGCAUUGAGUACCUCUUGAGGGAGGGGCCCGACAGUCAAAGGCACUGGCUGAGGUUAAAUGAGAAAUGCAGGCAACUUGGUGGACGCUACCUGAAUGUCGCUUGCAGUCUAGAUAUAACAUCACAUGGCGUGACAGUAAACGCAUUUCCAAACCAGACCUGCAUCGGGCGUUGCGGUGAGUCGUCAUCCCCAGUCCAGUGUGGCUGUGACGCAAUGUGUCAUACGUUUCAGGAUUGUUGUUAUGACGUCACUUCCGAGUGUCCGACAUCCACGGAGGGGGAGGGCAGAAACCUGACCGGGCAGGACUUGGGUCUCACGUCACUAUUGGACAGUUCCCAGUUCUACCAGUGCUUGCGCGUAAGUUCCAAUCAAAGCUCUGCAUAUCACCUCGUGAGUCGGUGCCCCGACUCGUGGGCAGCCGAUGACGUCAUCACAAGCCAAUGCCACCUCUCCUCCAACGUGUAUCCUGUUCUUUACCAACCGCUUGGAGUUCCCUUCAAGAAUGUGGAGUGUGCGUACUGUCACGGAGCUGCGGUCCCUCCAGGCGAUGGUAUCGCAGGCACCGAUGCACUAGGCGACUCGUUGGUCCCCAUACCAGCAUCUGGUUACGAUAGCACCUUGCGUCCUUGCACCUCGCUUGUAAGUACAUGCCUAUCGACAAAAGCGUUUUUCGCAUGUAUGGCCUACAUGGCACCAGACACUAAGUAUAAAAACCCGCACUGCGGACUGUGCAACGAGUUUCCAGCGUACCGUGGAGUGUGUUAUAAAAAUGGCCGUAUAACUUCUCUCCAGGUUAUGCUCAAGGGGGAAGUACCAAUUAUUUCCCCCAUCAAACCCCAGCCCGUAUAUUAUGUCAGCGAUAGAGUGGAUCCAGCAAAAUUUCGCAAAGGCAGACACGAGGUAAGCUUAGGAGUCACUACCAGAAUUGGUGCUCUUGAGACCUUUUGGAACUCAUCUUCUGGUAUUGACUCUGCGACAUGUCUAUUAAACAGGAUCGCCUAUUCCGAUCUCAAACUGGCUCUGCACUUCCCUUCAUCUGUUUUGGAUUGGGACUUCGUCAAAGAAACCAACGUAGUCACCAUAGCAACCUGGUCUCUGGAAUACACGGGUCAACUUGAAGAGGAGUUGGACGACAUCUUGAUCCAAGAUGGCUACCCGUCCGGGGUCAAUUGGGCGGAUCGUUGCGGUCUUGCUCAGGUCCUGCUCAUCGAGAAAUCUGAUCUGGAGAACCCAGCACAGACAACUAACAAGAGCAGCAGCGAGAGCACGGAAUGCUACGAAAUCGACCAGAUGAACUCCACGUUGGUCAACAUUAGCGAAGAGAUAUUCGUCUACGUCGUUCCUGUCGGAGCAUUAAUUAGACCCGCCAAUGCAACGAUAACUAUAAGGUACGGCACCCAGGCAGAACGUACUGAGAAAUUCAAGCUCUUCAGGUACUGUGGAACAAGAGCGAACAGCAUAACUUGCGAGACUCGGGAUGAAAAUAAUGAGAAUGGUCGUAACCCAGAUUUGCCUGACGUGACUCUACCAAGUGGUGAAAAACUUGUAUGCUUCUCUGACAACCUGAUACUGACCAAACAGGAUCGCGUUUCCUUCGAGGACCCCGCCCAGGUUCUCAAUGUAGUGGGAUUCAGUUUGUCUAUGGCCGGCCUGAUGGCGACCCUGGUUACUUACAGCGUUUUCCCAACUCUCAGAAAUGUUCCCGGUCUGGCCAUCAUGAGCUUGUCUCUUGCCAUCUUGGUCGGCCAACUGUCGGCGAUCCUCUCCACGGUUGUUGUGGAUCCUGCUAACGAGGCUAUCUGCACCGCCGUGGCAGUCACCAGUCACUACGUCUGGCUCGCUGUUUUCGCCUGGAUGGCGGCCAUGUCAUGGGACUUGAUGCGGACCUUCACCAGCACCACGUCGGCAAUGACGGCCGGCGGCAAGGGUAGGUUCCUCCGCCUGAGCUUGUUCGGUUGGGGAGCACCCAUGUUGAUUGUCAUUCCUAACCUGGCCCUACACUUCUGCGACUGCACCCGUCUGGUUUUUCGCUACGGUGGUCGGUUGGCCUGCUGGCUGGCAGGCCGUGGGUCUUCGCUCCUCAUGUUCUGCGUGCCGAUCGUGCUGUGUAUUUGCUUUAACGUGGGUUGCUUCGCUUGGACCAUCCGAGGCAUCCGAGCCAGUAAGAAAGCUUCGACCAUGGUGAGCAGGAACACAUCGAGGGUGCAGGCCGUGUGGCAGGAGCUAGUUGUCUACGCAAAGAUAUCAAGUUUGAUGAGUUUUGCUUGGAUCCUGGGAUUCGUAGCCGUGGCAACGGAACUGACCGUAUUCUGGUAUCUGUUCAUCAUCUUUUGCUCGCUUCAGGGCGUCUUCGUGUUCUUGGCCUUUGCUUUUAGUCGCCAGGUGAGGGCGCUGUGGAGGGAAAAGCUGAGUCGACCGGCUGGGACGGCAGGAAGUGGCACAUCCACUAUGUGCAAGCCGUCGUCACAUGUCAUGAAAACCACCACUGGGAACACCGGUACCAUGGUGUAAAACCACUGCCAAAGAGAGGCUACAGGUUAACUAGUGGUCGGUUCGCGACGUGCCUACCGCAUGCGCACUAGUACUGAAGUUGAAGUGCGAAGGACUCUAGCCGACAUAUUAUCAUGUCAACGACCGUUCAAAUAUGGCAGUCGCAAAAUUGUUCAACACUUGUUGUUUCUCUUUAUUUACACAAAAAAUAGUAAUUGUGUAUAGUUAAGGACAUCUUACAUAAUCGCCAAUAUUAUUUUGCCUAAACAAUGGUGAUAAAAGUGACUAAAUCGUAAACUAACAUGGAAAGAAUGCGCGAUGAAAAUGAAAUUU